AGCUCGGGCCGCCGCACUCGGAGCGGCGGGGCGGCCGAGCGAGCGCGGCUUCGGGCUGGGUCGGGGCCUGGGCCGGGGCCCGGGCCGGGGCGGGGGGCGCCGCCCCCAGCGUCCUCCUGCAGCCCCUGGAGCGAGGAGCCGGGGCGGAGGCGAGGCUGCGCGGGGCCGGAACCAUGAACCGGAGUUUCCACAAGUCUCAGACCCUGCGCUUCUACGACUGCAGCGCGGUGGAAGUCAAGAGCAAGUUUGGGGCUGAGUUCCGGAGGUUCUCCUUGGACCGCCACAAGCCGGGGAAGUUUGAAGACUUCUAUACGCUGGUCGUGCGUACGCAUCACAUCUCCAACACGGACGUGACCAUCGGCUACGCGGACGUGCACGGGGACCUGCUGCCCAUCAACAACGACGACAACUUCUGCAAGGCCGUGUCCAGCGCAAACCCGCUGCUCCGGGUCUUCAUCCAGAAACGAGAGGAGGCCGAGCACGGCAGCUUCGGGGCCGGCUCGCUGUCCCGCCGGAGGAAGGCGCUGGCGCUGCGCGAGGACGGGCCCCGCCGGCGCGCGCACCUGCACAUCGGCCUGCCGCACGACUUCCGCCCCGUGUCGUCCAUCAUCGACGUGGACAUCCUGCCCGAGACGCACCGCCGCGUGAGGCUGUACCGGCACGGCUGCCAGAAGCCGCUGGGCUUCUACAUCCGCGACGGCACGAGCGUGCGCGUCGCCCCGCAGGGGCUGGAGAAGGUGCCGGGCAUCUUCAUCUCGCGCAUGGUGCCGGGCGGCCUGGCCGAGAGCACGGGGCUGCUGGCCGUGGACGACGAGGUCCUGGAGGUGAACGGCAUCGAGGUGGCCGGGAAGACGCUGGACCAGGUCACGGACAUGAUGAUCGCCAACAGCCACAACCUCAUCGUCACGGUCAAGCCGGCCAACCAGCGCAACAACGUGGUGCGCGGCAGCCGCGCGUCGGGCAGCUCGGGCCGCUCGUCGGACAGCGCGGCCAGCCGCCACAGCCUGCCCGCCGCCCCCGCGCUGCUGCCCCUGCAGCCGGACGACGCCGACAGCGACGACGAGCCCGACGUGGUGCUCGAGGGCGUCCUGGAGCCGCCGCGGCCGGCGCCCCGGCCCCCGGUCAACGGCGCGGGCCCGGCGUCCGCGCGGGACGGCCCCGCGCACCGGCUGCUCAGCUCCCUGCGCGCCGACCCGCGCCACAGUCUGGCGCUGCCGCUGCCCCCGGGCGCCGUGGAGGAGCACGGCCCGGCCGUGACGCUGUAGGCCCCGGACGGGCUCUGGGCGCGCGCGGCCGCUGUGCUCCGGGGGCGGGAUCCGGACCCGACCGCAGGCCGCCGCGCCUCCCCCGCGGCCCGGCGCGGCCCGAACCCCUGCGGAGAACCGACAAAGGCUGUUUUCCUGCGGUUUCUCCGCAGGCCACGGGAGGCCAGGGGCGGGGCGCGGCUCCCCCGGCCGCGCAGGAGGGAUUUCAGCGGAAGCUGUCGAGCGACUUUCAUAAAUGAAGCUUUAAAAUGACCUUUUUUAAAGAAGAGGAAACCCGCGGCUUCCGUGUGACUCUGCAGACACAGCCCGGGGGUCAGCCCUGGGGGCCCGGAGCAGGCCGGUGCGUGCGGGUGGUCGCAGGCGGCCGGUGUCCAGCCUCGGGCCGCGCCGGCGCCGCAGGACGAAAACGCUCGUGUGGCCUUUCCCUGCGCCCCGACGGAGCCCGAGGCCGUUGUGAGGUGUUGGCCGCGGGCAGGACGGACGCGCCCCCACGCGCCCCCAGGGGCCCGGGAAGCUCGCUCUGUUUUUAAAUAACAAGCCGCUUGGAACCUGAUUUUUACGCAGAUUAAAUUCAUUGUCACUUCGCUUUGGUCUUCAGCAAUAUUUAUAAAUUUAGUCAUUGUAAAGUUUCCUCAUUUGAUCCAGUUUUAUACGAACUCUGGUGUGUUCGAGUCCGAUGUCCAGGAAGAAACAGGACACCUUCACUUGGAGAACCGGGCGCGGGCCCAAGAAAGCUUUCCUACAAAUAACGUGUUUUUCUAGGAGCCUCCGGGCUGCGACGCAGCGGCUCCUCCUGUGGUCCGGCACCACCUGCUGCUCAGUGGCAACUGUCCUGCCUCGGGACACUCAGGCCACCAACGGGAAAACACAAUCUCACCAUCUUCAUUUUUGCUGAAUCCAUUUAGUGUAAAAGCCAAUUAUUUUUCUUUUGGAAACUAUUUAUUGGGCAGAAAUACUUUUUAUUGAGUAAUUUGGUCUGCCACGCCUAUAUUUGAUUUUGCUAUUUGUGCGCUUUUGUUCCUAAACACAGGGAAGACCAAAGGUGCUCUCUCUGUGCGGUCUGGGACGAGAGCUCAGAUACACCCAGAUUUAUGGGCGCCAGUGAACGUAGGAGCAUCUUCUCUGGCACCCAAGCAGUCAGAAGUGUUUUUGUGGUUUUGGUUGUUUUUUUUUUUUGGUUUUGGUUUUUUUUUUUUUCUUUUUUUUACUACAAUAAGUAUUAUAGAACCAAAAACCUAAUGCUACUUACUAUCACAAUGAAAUGUUCUUUUACUAAGUUAUUGCUGGUUAUAGAAUAUCUUGUUGAGUAAUGGGAUCUGUUACCAAGAAGGAAAGUUACGUUUCUUACCAUGUUUGAGCUAAGCAAAUGUGAAUAAUUUUUUAAAGAAAAAAAAAAAGAAGCCUCCUCUGAGACUUGUAUUCUGUUGUUCAUAAUUUUAGGAGUUCUGAAUUUCUUGGAACAGCUGCUUGAGUGUAUUUUUGUACCAUAUCUUCACUUCUGCCUUUUUCUUCUUAAAUAAAAAAACUAUGAUGUAUUACACAUUAAAGUUUUCUUGGUUUUAUAUAUCAAAGAAUAAAAACUUUUUCGUUACAUUUAA